AUGCAAGAUAGCACCUCGCCACCGACCAAAUAUCGCCGGGUCGCCUCGGAGCGUGCAGAUUCAUUCGACGGUGUGCCAUCUCUGACCGAAAACAAGAUCGCAUCUACGCCUACGUCCGCUACUUCGUCUACACACACGUCUACAUCCACGUUUCUAUACGCGCCUGCAUUGCCUGCGUCCUCUGCGCCCAUCUACUACACCAAGACGGGGCGGCGGCCAGUGAAGAAGGCCGUCAGCGUUGCUUGCGAAUCAUGCCGGAAGCGCAAAAUUAAGUGCAAUGGGAACCGGCCGAAAUGCGCAGGUUGCCAGACGCGCGAGAUCGAUUGCAACUACGACUCGGUCUAUCGUGAGGAGACAAACACAGCCGUGCUGAAGCGCAAGUAUCGAGAGGAAAACAAAAAAUCAACUACUUUUGAAGAGCUGUUCAAUGCCCUUCAAACCUGCUCGGAGAAGGAUGCGAUGACCAUGUUCAGCCUGGUACGCCAGGGUGUUGAACCCGGGACUCUUUUGAGGCAGAUCAGGGAGGGUGAUCUUCUGCUGCAGCUUUCUGUCGUUCCGGAGACUCGGAGGCGCUACCAGUUUCCCUAUGUUGCCUCCAUGCCAACCCAUCUUCAAACUCCGGAUAACCCAUAUCUCAAGUCGCUGCUGUAUGAAACUGCCUUCCACGGAGCUAGACAAGAGGACACCCACGGGAGCACGCAGACGGUACAAACGCAAGCCAACGAUUACCUGAAUAUAUAUCUGCAGCCAUAUCAUGCCGCUGAACUCUUGGACCCUCUGAUUGACCACCUCAAGCCCUCCGAAUGGACACAGUAUCCGACGUUUCCCGUAUUCCACAAGGAUAUAUUUUUCCAGGCCAUGAUUGACCGUGACCCGCGAUUUUGCAGACCAGUGCUCGUCAAUGCCUUGCUAGCAGAAGCAUGCCACUCCCUUAUGGGUAUACCCAAUCGCAACCAGUUCUGGGUCCCCCAGAGUCUCAGAUAUCGCUUCCUGGCAGAGGCGAAACGCUUAUGGGAGCUGGAAAUCCAUAAGGUGGACCUGGUUUCUGUGCAAACUGCCGCGCUCCUAAAUCUCAUAUAUAGCCACAACGGCAUGGACAAGGUCGGUCAGCCCUACCUUGUGCAUGCUCUCAAAGUCGCUCAACAAUUGGAUCUGUUUGGGGAUCAUGCGAAUGAGACGUACGAGAGAAUGGUUCAUGCUCGCGUCUUUACGGCCUGGGCUCUCUUCAAUUGGCAGUGCAUACAAUCUUACUACUAUUAUCGAGCUCCUUUGAUUCCUGAUCCGCCGGCUAAGCCGCUGCCCAGUCCAGAUGAGCAUCCUUUCUGGUAUGGAGACUUCAAGCUGAGAUACCCGCUGAGCUCAACGUUGGUUCCUGCACAAUAUGGGCAUUACUUUAAAGCAAUUUCCGGCUUGCGUUCAAUCAUCAACGACAUGGCUGCAGUCAGCUACAGCCAGAAGGAAAAUAACACGGAAUCUCCCAGCCGGAUCUGGUCCAUCUUCUCGAGAUUAGAGAAGUGGUAUCUAGGCCUGCCCGCUGCUCUAUCUCCUCGCAAUAUCGUCUUCCCAUGGCAGCUCAAAGUACACAUGGAGCUUUACUUGGCCACCAUCCUUUUCUCUACAAAGCAAGCCGGUAUUUCGGAAGCCUCAACCCUCAUGAAAGAGACUGCCCAAAAGACUGCUGCUCAUGCAGCCGCUCGCCUCGAGACUGUUGGGCGCCUCUACUAUAUCCGGCACAGCUUUGAAUACUGCGAUCCCUUCUUGACCAUUCAUCUGUCGUUUAUAGCCGGCGGAGCAUUGGACAGCCUCAAAAUGACCCCUGCUGACGAUGUGGAAACUAUCAAGUCUCUGAGAUCAACAAUCAUUUUGAGCCUAAAAGGACUAUACGAUCAAGGCCAACACAUCCAUCUCACCUCAGUCAUUUACCGGCUACUGCGAGAUCGACUGGCGCCCCAAGAUCUAGCAAUCCUUCAGAACUACGUAGUUUGGGAUCCUCUUACUGCCGAAGAGCCGUUAUUGGUCGAAUACGCCCAAUCUCAUUAUCCUCUCACAAUGGGGAACAAAGAUGAAGAUCCAACUUCCGUGCGGCUUGAAAACUUGGUCAAGGAAUAUGAGAAGCUGUCGACAGAGGAGACAGAGGAGACCCAGCGAGAUUGA